CUCAGUUUUGUAAGGUGAUAAAUAAACCUUCCUUCUGCAGCUUCACGCACACUUCCGGCUCACCGCUGGAGCGACGUCAUGACGUCACCCACCGUACGUAGCGCGCUGUGGAGGAAUGUGCGGAAACUUCUCCUCACUUUUCUUUCUGCGCUGUUCGUCGAAGAAACAGAUAACAAAGCUGGAAAAAGUGACGGAAAGUCGGGUAAAGUUUGGACCUGAAGCCGGUGCGGAGCUGAAGUCAACAUGGCCGCUCAGACGGUGUUCUCGGUGGAGAUGUGUCCUGUGAUGGAGGACGGUCAGAGCCUCAGCGACAUGCCCAGGAACACGCUGCCCGCCCCUCAGCUGGUGAUGCUGGCCAACGUGGCGGCGGCCGAGGGCGGCGGCGGCAGCGGCGGCAGCUGUGACGGCGGCGCGGCGGACGAGAAGGAGAUGAUGGAGCUGAAGACGGUGGGAAGCAGCUACUCUGACAGCGAGGACGAGAGCAUCAUCAGGUACAGCUACGACAACCAGAACCACAGAGAGGUCUGCAUCAUCGAGUACCCCGACCCUCUAGGCCCGGGAAUCCACGCCGUGAUCGUAGGAAACGAGUCGGAGGAGGACGAGGAGGACGGCGGGGACAAAGCUGAAGACCUGUCCCGUCCCACUCGGGCCCGCCCCUCCGCCGCCACCAAAAUACCAGAGCAAGGUAUCAAAGGCAAAGGUAGCCCCGCCGCCGCCGCCACAACCGCCGCCGCCGCCGGGACGGAGAGAUCCAAGAAGAAGAAGCCCUUCCACUGCAAGCCGUGUCACUUCCAGGCUCAGAACGAGCAGGAGUUCGUGGAACACCUCGGCACGCACGGCGUCAGCAAGAUGAUGGUGGUGAACCGGGUGGAGGGGAGGAGCAAGGCCAAGGCCAAGGCGGCGGAGACGUCAGAGUCCCAGGCGCAGUCAGGAGGGGAGGCGGAGAGCGGCGGGGAGGCGGGGGCCGCCGGCGACAUCAAAGGGCUGAUCAGAUGUGAGCGGUGCGGAUACAACACCAACAGAUACGACCACUACAUCGCCCACCUGAAGCACCACAGCAAGGAGGGCGAGGACCACAGGGUCUUUAAGUGCACUCUGUGUCCGUACACCACCGUCAGCCAGUACCACUGGAGGAAACACCUGAGGAACCACUUCCCCAGCAAACUGCACACCU